GAUUCCAAUGGCAUGUAAAAAACUGCCGUGUACUUGCCAGUACAAUAUCCCGAGGUGUCCUUCUGUAAGUAUGGCUUCUUUCAAAGAACAAAGCCAUGGAGAAGCCAGUCCCUCCCCAACACCAUCCAGUGAAGGGGACAACACCUCCUUGAUCUUCACUGUCGGACGAGAAAUUAAUAAGGAAGGCAAAGAAACACCCACGCAGACCCGGAACAGUCCAGUUUUGGAACAGCAAAUGACAAAAAAGCCUAUUGGAUCUUACUCAGUAUAUCCUGUGCACCUUGAGGCUAUAGGUACGCACAUCCACAGACAUGUAAGAACUAAGAACCAGCCCUCUCGCAAUUCCAAGAGAGAUACUGUCCCACCUGGUCCUGCAGCGGGGCCUUCCACUGUCAUCAGGCUCUGCAGGAGAAGCCAGACCCCCGUGGCCCCUUCGAGGGUCUCCCGGAGUUCCUCUGAGCCCCAGGUGGAGGAGAGGAUGGCAGUCACAGUGGGCGCUCUGGCCAACCCGGGUUCCCAAAGCGGACUCUGGGGAGCGCCUGGAAAUCCACUGGGAAGAGGCACGGUUGCCAUGGCACCGGAGAUGCUCCCCAAGCAUCCUCAUCUCUCGGGGAAAAGUGGGCCCAGCGCAGACACCUCCCUCCCUGGCGAUCUGGCAGGAGCGCCCCUUUCUCAGUUGGCCGGGGCUCCUCCCCAUCUCCCCCCAAGGAGGUUUAUCAAGGCUUGGUCUUGCCCCCUCAUCCGCCCACCGCAGAGCUUCCAGACGGCUUGUUCACAGGCCCCUCCCAGGCCGGGGGUGAAUGCUCACUGA